ACCCAACCGGAAAGAAAAGGAACUCAAGAUCCACGCCCUCCCCCUUCUUCUUCAACAAAGCUAGCUAUCUGCAGGAGCAAUAAAAAGAGCGCAGAACUGCAUUAAUACACAUACGUAUGGAUGUCUCAUCAGCCACGUGGUUAUCCGAACUGGAAAUGGAAGAUCCUAGCUUGUUGUACCAAUGGCAAGAGAAUAACGAUACUAAUCUCGAAGACCCACUCCAUGAUUUCAAUUUCUUCCAAUCCUUCUCCUCCGCCGAGAGCUACUCUUCCCACCCAAGCUUCAAUUUCAGCACUGCUUCAUCCAUGAAGGAAUCCUUAGUACCGCCCAGUUAUAAUAAUAUCACUCCUACUGCUACUGUAAGUGAGAGGCCAUUGAAGCAGAUUAAGACCAAUAGCUGGAACUCCUGCACCACUAAUCAACACUACGUGACCCCCAAGCCUGCCUCCUCCUCUUCUUCCCACAUUAUCUCUUUCGGGAAUUCGAAUUCGUCGCCGCCAUCAACGGCCAACUCUCACCAUCAUCAUCCCCAUCUGUUCGGAAACCCGCCGAAGGAGGAACCUGUGGUGUCUUGCCAUGGCAAUAUGACGCUUUCCUCAGCCUUGACUAAUUCCCAAACCCCAUUUGAAAACCAAGGUGAUAUUGAUCAUGCAGUACUCCCCAAAUCCGGCCGCGGCACUCUGAGAACAGGCACAGUCCGUACGCCGGUGCACGCCCAAGACCACGUAAUCGCCGAGAGAAAGCGCCGUGAAAAGCUCAGCCAGCGCUUCGUCGCUCUUUCCACCGUCGUUCCUGGCCUAAAAAAGAUGGACAAGGCUUCGGUCCUCGGAGACGCUAUUAAGUACUUGAAACAGCUUCAAGAGCGAGUAAAGACACUGGAGGAACAGACAAAGAAGAAGACGGUGGAGUCGGUGGUUUUCGUCAGGAAGUCUCAGCUGUGCGCGGCCGACGUCGAUGACAACUCUUCGUCGGACGAGAACUUCGACGGCUACUCCGUCGACCAACCGCUGCCGGAAAUCGAAGCCAAAGUGUCCGACGAGAAUGUCCUCAUCAGAAUUCACUGCGAAAAGCAGAAAGGGAUGAUAGCACACGUCCUCGCCGAAAUAGAGAAGCUUCAGCUAUCAGUCGUCAACUCCAGCGUCUUGCCAUUUGGGGAUUACGCCACGGAUAUUACUGUUAUUGCCAAGAUGGAAGAGGGAUGUUGCAUGAAGGUGAAGGAUCUAGCGAGUAAUCUGAGACUCAAAAUUCUGAAGUUCAUGCGACAUGCAUGAACCUACUUAGAGGGUCUUGAACACUAUCAAUUCGAAAAUAAAUAAAAUAAAGAUUUUCAUGUUUUCGUUUUUUCUCUUUCUCCAUGCAUUUUCUUUUUCCCCAAUUCUCGAAGAAGAAGUGGGAUGAAUUAUGAAGUAGUCAUUUUCAGACCUUUAGUCUCUGAUCAUAAGAUUAAUUUGGGGAAGAAGGUAGGAGGUCCAAAUUUGCAAGAGGGGGGUGAUUUUGUCGUUUUUUGAGGGCUGACCCGUUGACCACGUUCAGAUUUAUCCCACCUGCUGUAGAUGGAAAAAAUGAGAACCCCCUUUUAGUUUUUUUUGUGGAGGGUUUUUGAGAGGUUUGACAAAUUCAAUGAAAAAUGAGAGGAGAGCUGAGCCUCUUUCUUCCCCCCUGCCUUUGUAAUUGGUCCUUCUUGGUGUAAACUAUGUAAGAUCCAGGGGCAAAUGGGUACUCUGUUUUCUUUGUUUUCCAAAUGUAAGUUGGUUUCUGUUUUUAUUUUUCUUGUUUUUGUUUUUGGGUCUUCGAGAAAUCAUUUCUGGGGCCUUUGUGUAAUAUCUAUGACCAGUAUUUUCCAUGUGUCAAUAAAUUAACAUGAUGAAAUUGAUAAUUUUGUUUUGUUUAA